AGAUUAAAAAAUAAAACUAACACACCCAACCACUCACGCACAUAAAUAGACCCUUAUCGCUCUCUCAUUCGUUCUUUCUUUCUCAGAGUUUAAUAAACAGUAGCACCAAUUCCUUCGUCUCUCAAUUCAGAUCUGAUCGAAGCGCUCCAACUAUAUGGCUGACAAGGUUACAAUAAUGGUGGUGAAGGUAGACCUUGAGUGCCCUAGUUGUCACAAGAAGAUCAAGAAAAUACUGGCCAAAUUUCGUGAAAUACGAGACCAAGUCUACGAUGUCAAGAAAGGAACGGUGACGAUCACUGUUGUCUGCUGCAACCCAGAGAAAAUUCGUGACAAAUUGUGCUGCAAGGGUGGAAAAACCAUCAAGGGCAUUGAGAUCAAGGUGCCUCCAAAGCCCAAAGAAGAAAAGCCCAAAGACGAUAAACCCAAAGAAGACAAGCCCAAAGGCGAUAAGCCCAAAGAAGAAAAGCCCAAAGAAGAUAAGCCCAAAGCCGAUAAGCCCAAAGAAGAUAAGCCUGCUGCUCAAAAGGAAGCUCCUCUUCCGGUGCUGGUUCCGGUGCCCGGAUACCCCCCAUGUUAUCCAAUGGGAGUAUGUUGCGGGCCAUGCUAUGGCGGGGGGCCGUGUAACUGUGGACAUGGCCUGCCAGUGCCAUGCUAUGACAAUUACGGUUAUACAAGGCGCUGGUACUAUAGUCGCUGCGAUUAUUAUAGUGAAGAAAGCCUGUACCCGUGCACAAUCCUGUAAUAUACAUAAGAGUGUGUCGGUCUUGUUCUAGCGAGAGGUUAUUUGAUGCUCUAACUCAUCAUCAGUUCUGGGCGUAGUAAUGGACGUUUUAUCAUAUGAAUGUAGGAGAAAAAGGUCAAUAACAAUGGAGGUUGGCAUAUGGGUUAGUCGUAGCUGUCCAAUACUUUUUCUGGAGUACUUGGGGUUACGCAAGGUUAUGUUAUUAUGAUUUUUAUUAAUCAGUUAUUCUUAUUAAUUAAAUAAUUAAUGUGAACACUCUGAUUAGCUA